AUGAAUAGGUUUGUGUUUGUGGUUCUUCUUCUUUGUUUGAAAGUGAGUGAUGCCAUCUGUUCAAAUUUGAAUUCACAUAUGCAACUAUCUAAGCUUCCUCUCCUUCCUCCCCCUCCCCCUCCCUCUCCACCUCCACCUCCACCUCCACCUCCACCUCCACCUCCACAUUGGCAUGGGUUUCAUUUAUCACUGUUUUGGCCUCCGGGCUAUUGUAGAGUUAUAAUGAGUGCACAUGUGAACUGUAUAUAUGCUAAAAUAAGAGAGGAUUUCACUAUUCAUGGCCUUUGGCCACAAGUUACGCAAGGUCAAAAUCUUCCAACGGCACCGUUAUAUAAUCCUAACUUGAUGUAUCCAAACUUGCUGUCCAGAUUAAAUCGCUUUUGGUUAGACUAUUAUGGGAAUUACAAUAACAGGUUUUGGAGGUACGAGUGGAAUACUCAUGGCAUGCUCUCAAAUAAUCUACUCCCCCAAGUAGAUUAUUUUGAAAAGACCGUACAGUUAUAUAUUGCAUACAAUAUAACUACUAUCCUUGCACGCGGGAAAAUUUUCCCAGACAAUAGUGCACCUACAACCGUUACUAGUAUUUUGGGGGCAUUCAGUCAAAUUCAGGUUAAGCGGGGAUUCACUAAUAUUAGGCGUCCAGCGGUUAUAUGCCGGACAGCUUCUAAUGGUAGGACGUAUAUAACAGAAAUAAGGUUUUGUUACGACGUUUCGGCUACUAAUUUAGUAGAUUGUAGUGUAGGAAGUUCUAAUUCAUGCACUGACCAAAAUUCGGCCAAUAUGCUAUAUAUUUAUUUGAAAAGGAAAUGA